UCUCAUGCACCUGAUCCUUCCAGUUAUCGGCGUCUUGUGGGUCGGCUCCUCUACCUCACCGUCACUCGUCCUGACAUUCAGUACGCUGUUCACAUCUUAAGUCAGGCGGUUCAUGCUCCCACCCAGGCCCAUGUUGCUGCCUCUGUUCGUGUUCACCGCUAUCUCAAGCAGUCUCCUGGCCGAGGUCUUUUCUUCCCGGCCGCCACCCCGUUACCUCUUAUCGCCUACUGUGAUGCUGACUGGGCUGGAUGCCCCACUUCUCGGCGUUCUACUACCGGUUGUUUCAUUCGUCUUGGCGGUGCUCCCGUCUCCUGGCGCACCAAGAAACAGUCCGGUGUUGCCAGAUCUUCCGCCGAGGCUGAAUAUCGUGCUAUGGCUACCAUUGUCAGUGAGGUUGUUUGAUUGCGGUGGGCCGGUGGCUACUGUUCGAGCUUUGCGUCCCCACGACUGAGGCGACUCCUCUCUACUGUGAUAAUCAGGCCGCGUUCCACAUUUCGGCUAAUCCUGUUUUUCAUGAGCGAAUUAAACACGUGGAAAUGGAUUGCUACUUUGUUCGCGAGUGUGUUCUUUCCUCUUGAUAUUGUGCCUCGCAAGAUCUCCACGUCUGAUCAACCCGCGGAUUUGCUCACUGAAGGCUUGAGUAUCGACCAGUUUCAGCAUCUUCUCUUCAAGCUUGGCAUGCUUGAUAUCCAUGCUCCCGCUUGAGGGGGAGUAUUACGGUUACUUACGUUUCUUGGUGUCCAAGUAACCGUGUUAGUUUUGUACUAUGUUUACUUGUCCUUGUUUACCUAUUAUUGUUCGUCAAAGUCUCUCUAUAUAUAGCUUAGCCGAGUCUUAUGUCAAGGCAAGCUAGCAGCAUUAGUCAUCAAAUAAACCAGUAGUCGUGAGCUCCUUCGAGCUCACCGUGGAUUAGUCCUGUUCACAUCGAAUAGGGAUACCACGUAAAAUUCUUAUGUUCUGUGCUCAUUAAAUUCCGCAUCGUGUUAAUUUCUUCAUGCAUACUAAUCAGAGUGACAUGUUUUAUUAGUCACUGAACUGGAUAGUUUUUUUUUUUGUCCGUAAUAGUAAUUCAUAUCAUUCAAACUCAUUAAUAGUCAAUAUCGUAGGUUAAGUUUGGUUUGAUUUCCCGUACGUGGGCUACUUGUUUUUUUAGGUCUGAUUGGGACUUGCUUACCAACUACCGAACAAAAAGUGGGAAAUCUUGGUUAGCUUACCUCACAACAUUAUUAAAUUUCUGUGUGUGAAUUGGUUAAUUUUGGAUUAUUUAGUAUUUAUCAGUUGACAAAUCUAUGUUGCUGACUACUUCCAUGGAUUUGAAUUGCGUUUUAUAUGAUUAAAAAGCGUUCAUUUUCACACCAUUUUCAUCUACUCCGCAAUUUGAUUUUGAUUAAAAUUGAAGAGCUCUCAUACUUAACACUCAGUAAGAAGUAAAGGGUUUGCAGGACUUGGAGAUCAAGACAUGGGAGUAGCAAAGUAGCAAUACAAGCAAGUCGUUCAUUAAUAUUAUUUGGAACUUCUCUACAUGAAUAAAUGUGAUUUUAAUGUGCCAUAAUUAGAUAUUUCGGGGAGUUUGUGAUGAUGUUCUAGUAUGUUCUAGGGGUCGUUUGGAUGAGGAAUUCUAAUGGAUCAAUCUGACACAAUUGUCUCGUUUUGAGUCAAUUGUGCUAGAUUGAUCCGUUUGGCAGCAGAAAAUUUGGAUGAAGCAAUUUGCGCUGGGGAAUUCUGAAUUGACUCAUUUUGAACCAAUUACAAUUGUCUGGGGUGGGGGCAGGUAAUCUGAAUUGACUCGUUUUAAAUGACUCGUUUUGUAAAAUAAAACAAUUGGUCAAAUUAUCUCGUUUUAUAAUUGAUCCAUCCAAAGAUUCCAAACUAACCCUAGUAUGCAUUGUGAUGGUUUGUAAACAUCCACAAUGAACUUUGUGAUGGCAUAAGAUUUACUUACAUAAUAUAUAGUCAAGUGGGGUGUAUUCAUUUCAUUUCAUAUCGCUUUUUCUUCAGUUUCAGCGCCGCUCGUGCAGCUGCUUAGUUUAGACGCAUUCUUCAUUAGGAGACAAGUUUGCCUCUAAAUAAAGAGCUUUCAAAAGCUAAAAAGGAGCUUUUGCUUUAGGCAAAGUCUAAUUGCACAACUGCACAUGCAUCUUCAUUACUCGGAGUCUCGGCUCCUAGACAACAGAAGAGACGUUUGACAAAUCCAAUCCCCGGCGGCCAUAUCAAAUCUAAUCUCAUCCUACGUCAGUCUGAUAAAUUAUUGGAAAAGGGUCCAACCCACUACCCACCUAAAAGUGACAACUGCCACGUUGUUUCUUCUAUUGGCAGAACGAUCGCCGCCGCUUGUACAGUUGGGAUGGUGGCCGGCGACGAAAGAUCGACAAUGCUAACUUCUUGAUACCGUCUAGAGCAGAUCCAAAUGUAAUAAGUAUGCUAAUCCGAC